AUGGCGAAGAAAGUGGUUUCCCAGUCGCCAGUGCCUUACGAGGCCGUUAUGCUCUUCUGGAGAAUGGUUACCCAGAUAUUCUUCAGAGAGAUACGGCCUCGCGGCGCCUUCAACAUCCCUCGUUCUGGUCCAGUGAUAUUCGUGGCCGCACCACACCACAACCAGUUCCUUGAUCCCCUGUUGCUCAGUCUUGAAGUAUGGCGAGAGACCCACCGCUCAGUGCAAUUCCUGGCGGCAGCGAAGAGUAUGAAGCGAAAGGACGUCGGGUUUUUCAUCAAAAUGAUGAAUAGUAUCCCUGUCGAGCGAGCGGCCGACGCAGCGACCUCCGGUGUUGGCAAGAUCUGGCUCUCCCUUGACGACCCCUGCCUUAUUCUCGGAGACGGAACACAGUUUACCAAAGACUUUACGCCUCGCAUGCAGAUCAUGUUACCAAAAUCUGUCAACUCUGCACUUGCUGAAGUCAGCGAAGUUAUCUCUGACACCGAACUACGAAUCAAACGCGAAUUCGGUGGAGAAUCAGGCAAGGGGACUGCUCGUAUCAGGGAGAAGGUCGAAGAGCUGCGAAAAGAGGGCGUCCAGGGUCUCGAAUACAAGAAACUCCCCUUUGUCGACCAACAAGAGAUGUAUAGACACGUCUAUCAGGCCCUGAAGAACGGUGGUUCCAUUGGUAUUUUCCCCGAAGGUGGAAGUCAUGACCGAACGGAUCUCCUUCCGCUAAAAGCCGGCGUCUCCAUCAUGGCUUUGGGAGCCAUGGCAAAUGACCCUAGCGUUCAAGUCAAGAUUGUCCCCGUUGGCCUGUCUUACUUCCAUGCCCAUCGCUUCAGGUCGCGUGCUGUAGUGGAAUUCGGUGCGGCUCUCGACGUACCCACUGAGUAUGUAGAAAUGUUCAAGGAGGGUGGGGCAAAGAAGCGUGAAGCGGUUGCCAAUUUUCUUGAGUUGAUCUACAACUCUCUCAAGACUGUUACCGUCCGAGCCCCUGACUACGAUACCCUAAUGCUUAUUCAAGCAGUCCGACGCCUUUACAAAACCCCAGGCCAACACUUAACACUAGGUCAGGUCGUGACACUGAACCGGCGGCUAUUGGAAGGCUACACCCAUUUCAAGGACGAGCCACGCGUUCAGAAGCUGAGAGGUGACGUUCUGAAGUAUAAUCGUAUGGUUCGCGAUCUGGGCUUGCGUGAUCAUCAGGUUCCUCGAGCCAAGAAAGCCGGUUGGAAGUCUUUUGGGCUAUUGACAUACCGCCUCGAGGCUCUCGCGGCUUCCGUGGUCAAGGUUGCGGGGCGAGACGUUCUCGCAACAUGGAAGGUAUUGAUUGCUCUCGGUGUAACGCCAAUCCUCUAUACAAUCUACGCAAUUAUCGCCACAAUCAUUGCAAUUCGUGCCAAAGCUCCUCUCAAAUGGAGAAUCCUCACUCCUUUUAUUACGAUUUUCUCUCUUCCUUUCAUGAAUUACGCUUCGCUCAAAUUCGGAGAAGCUGGGAUGGACGUUCUCAAGUCCCUUCCUCCUCUCAUCGUUGCCUUGGUUCCUGGUCAGCAGCGCUCCCUCGAUAAACUGAAGGCGACCCGAGAGCACCUCUCCAACGAGGUUGCUUCCCUCAUCAAUGAUUUUGGACCUCGUCUCUAUGAAGAUUUCGACGAAACCCGCAUCGUUGUGCCAUCUGCUAGUGCCCCACCAUCUGGAGGAUCAUCGGGCAUCUGGAGGCGGAAGAGCAGCGUCGGAGCUGUCGAUGCUCAAGGCCUCGGGCUCACUCAUCCCAUGACAUGGUUGGACGAACGGCUGUUCGGAUGGUCGCAAAGUGCUCGGCGUGGAACAAGUGCAUGGGGUGGUCACGACGAUAUCAGUCGCGUUGCGACCCCGGACGAAUCGGAAGAGGAGGACAAUGGAGAUUAUGACAAUGUUGUCGGUAUUCUCCAUGAUGACGGCCUUGCGCGAACUCGGAGCAGGAAUAGUUCUUAUGCCGACCUUCAGAGACUCCGAAUGUCUGGCAUGAUCUCCGCCAAAUCCGCAGAAGCCACCAGCACCGCCGUCCCUCAGCCCAAGGCCGCUAGUCACCGAACACGGAGGCCGAGCUUAUCCAACGAUGUCCCUGUCGAGCGCCUCGCUCAAAUUCCGGGCGAGGAGCCCUUCCCGGAGGUGACCAAAGACCUCAACAAGGAGAUGACCCGCUCAAAAUCUACCUAG